GUGUGGUUGGCGAAGGCGACACAAGUCCGGCUAGUGCGGCAAAAUUCUCGAUUCUCUGUUUCUCCGUUCUCCACUCCAAUUUGCUCCAGUCCCCGAGUCUGAAUAUCGCGAUAAAACCGAGGACAUUCGUGCGUACGCUCGACUGUGUUAGUGUAUUAUUUGCGAGAGUGUGUUUCGGUGUGUCUAUGUCCUUAGCAGCUGCAGUGAAAAGGCAAAUUAUGAAUAAAAUGUAACCGAGAAGUAAAGAGAAACAAACAAACAAACAAAACACAACGCACUGCACUUGUGCAAAAAAGAAAACUAAUCUCUCCCCAGUUGGAAUCUCCGAAUCCAUUCUCAUCAGCGAAUUAGGGGUUUUCCCUUUUCUCUCGACUUAGUUUGACAAAUUAAAAUGCAUAAAUUAUGAAUGAAAGUACCGUUACGUGCGUGACAACCAAUCAUUUGUUAUUAUUAUGCACGUGGGCUAGCAAAAAAACCAAAAAAACAGUGUGAGAGCAAAAGCUAAACUUGGCUAAAAACGUCGCCACCACCCAGAAAAAGGAAAGCCCGCCCCCUGAAAUUCCAGCCGGUGACUGGGGAAACCUUCUUUAAAGUUCUCUGCGAAAUAAAAUAGAGCACAACAAAAAUAAAAAGGAAGAAAAGGCAUCGUCAGCAACAGAAAUAGCAGCAAUAAACUGUCUACCGGAACUUUUGCUGAUGAUUCAAUUUAAUUCAGUGCGUUAAGAGACACAUAACAAAAAAUAAGGAACGAAACAGGAAACUAAACCGAAACUGGGGAGGCAAAUACAAAUAGUGCCAGGAUAUAACAUGUAAAUGUCAUUGAUGUGUCUGUGUGGGUGAACGCUUAAUAGGAAAAGCAAAUAGCAACGAGCUCAUGGAAAAUAAAUAUAAAUAAGCCAACGACAACGACAGGCAAAAUAACAAGAAAAGCAAUUGGUUGACGCUUUCCCUCGUUGGCGGUCAAGGAAAAUUUAUUGCAUUGCACAAAUGAGCCAAGAAGAAAACGCAAACGCAAACGAAGCGAAGGCAAACAUAAAAAAGCGCGAGCAUGGACAAGAAAAAUAACCAAAAAUUCCGCAACAAAUUGAAAAAUUAAAGUUUCAGCAAAAGGAAAACUAACAGGAAAAAGCAUAGCAAAUAAGAGGACACGGCAGCAUGGAUCCUAAAAUAUACAGUCGAUAUUUCUUCGCCUAUGGCAUCCUCGUUCUCCUCCUGUUCCAACUAUGCCACGAAUCCGUGGAAUGCCUGACAAUGACCGAAAUCAAAAUCCCCAAGCACAUUAUGCGCCAUGAGGAUGCCAUACUCGGCUGCAAGUUCGAUCUAGACGGAGAGUCACUGUACUCAGUGAAGUGGUACAAGGAUGGCUUCGAGUUCUAUCGCUAUGUGCCCAGGGAUAUGCCCCCGGGUCAGAUUUUUCCACUGCCAGGGGUAGAUGUAGAGUUACAAAACUCGACGGACGUGGUCGUCGUCCUGCGCUCAGUUAGCCUUCAGUCAACUGGCCGAUAUCGCUGCGAAGUGUCCGGCGAGGCGCCUUCGUUUCAGACGGUUUCCGGUCACGAGGACAUGAUUGUUGUGGUGACUCCAAAGCACGGACCACAAAUCACGGGGGGACAGCCGCGGUAUCAAAUUGGCGACAUGGUGCGCGUCAACUGCACCUCGGCGGCUUCCAGGCCGGUGUGCCAUCUCAGCUGGCUGAUUAACGGGAUGCACGCCAACCGCUCGCUGCUGCGACCCUACGAACCCUUGAUUGUGGGCCGGGAAGGACUAGAGGUCGCUCGAUUGGGCCUGGAGUUUCGAGUGCGAGGAUGACAUUUCAAGCACGGCGACAUGAAGCUAAAGUGUGUCGCCAAAAUCUCCUCCGUUUACUGGCAGAGCAACGAGGAAAGCGUGGAGAGUGACAAGCACCAGAGAAUUCCGGUGCUGGAGUCGCGGGAGACGGUCAUGUCCAAAUCCCGCCAGUCCAUGGACAAGGCUCAGUCCCCGCUCGAAGACAAACAACUGAAGAAGAGCCGACGCCCUGCAGCGGCAACUUCAGCGGCCGCAGCGGCAGCAGCUGCCUCGUCCAGUGCAGCAACAGCAACUAUGGCUCCAUUUGGGGCGAUCUGGGGCUCAUCGGUGCCCUGGUCACGCAUAUUAGCUUCCAAAUCAAUUGCACGCAUUUCCCUGUACGCGCUGCCAGUCUUAAUAGCAUUUCUGUGUAGCUUUCGACCGGCAGUCGAGGGAUGCUGCUGUCAGGGAAGCAAUGGCAACAGCAACAUCAACAGGAGCAACAUAAGCAGCAGCAGCAACAGCAGCUACAUCAACAGGAGCCGCCUGUCGAGCCAAUUAAGCUGCGAGAAGGCUUCUCAGCGUAGAUAACAAUUAACCAGAAAGCAAAUGAACAGUGGAGGCAUCAAAAUAGGCAGCGACAUGGCCUAAAAUUCCAUUUAGUUCUUUGUAAAUACUUCAAGUUUUUCUCACAUCAAGUAUACGCCGCGUGUGCGGCUCGCUUAAAUAGUGUAUGUACAUAUAUUAACUGUAUUUAUAUAUAAAAUUAUACACAUUUAUUAGUGAAGCAUUGAAAUGUGGUUGUUCCUCUUUGGGCUUAUUUUGCUUGUCGGUCUUAGGGAAAAUGCUCAAAGUUGUUGGCUAUGAAUUUGCUUUAGAAAUACAAAAGCGAUCUAAGAUUUUCAAUGCUACGCAUAACUGUAAAAACAAAUAAACUGAAAUAAGUAGCCAAAACACUUAAAAUUAAGGAUCUAAUCUAAGGCUCUUAAGCUACUCAAAUUUUAAGAUACAAAAUAUAAACGUUGAAUACAUAGAGAACAUAAAAAAUAGAAAAUCGAUUUAGGUACUUGAUUUUAAUUAAAGCUUAGGAAGUAAUCUAGCCAACAACAUUCUAGAAUAUAUAUUGUAAUCGGUAAAAGUUAAAUCCACAUUUUACUUUGUUACUAAAAAACCAUGUAAGAUUAUUUUUUUAUUUUAUUUAUUUUCUUUUAUAAAUCCUUAUUUUUUAAAUAAAUAAACGCAUCUAUUCCCAUUUGUGAAUGCGUAAAAUUUAUUUUUAUUGGAAUAUUAAAAAGUCACACCUCAUACACAUACAUUGAAAUGAUUUUACUGCACUUAAAUGUAUGUCGCACACCUUAGAACAUAUCCCUGCUGAGGAAAUCUUUGACUCUCUCUUGUAAAAUGAACAAAUUGUUAAAUGUUACCUAGACUAAGGCCAUAACUAGCGAAAUCAUAUCCAACCAUAGAAAACUUAAGCCAAAAAACCUGUGUAGCAGUGUAAAAUAUAUGCAAAUAAUGAAUGUUAUUAAGUCUUUAAAGGAAUAAAGAAUGCAAAACAAAAAAAAAAAAGAAAUUGGAGUGCA